AGAAAGAAAGAAAUAUAGCAAGUGGUGUGGUGUUAACAUUACGAUUUGUCUGCCAGUAGGCUCCUCCGCCACGUCGGAGCUGCAAUCAGUGUCUCUGCCCUGCCCACCUUCAUUCAAAUCCUUUAUUAUUCAUUUUAUAUUAUUCUAUCAAUAAAAAGCGACAAAACCGUUUCUUUCUUUAAUAUUAUUUUUUCAUUCUUCAAAAGCUGAGGGCUCUUCAAAUUUUGUUUGGGUGUUUAAGAUUUGUGCUGUAGAAAGUAGUCAAAGUGACGCAGGGAAGCAUGGACCCUGCCGUUUUGGACUAUAUCAUUGAUCGUUUAUUGGAUUUCAAGAGCGGUAAGCCGGGAAAGCAAGUUCAACUCAGUGAGUCUGAGAUCUGCCAACUCUGUACGGUCUCCAGAGAAAUCUUCCUGCAACAACCCAAUCUUCUUGAACUCGCUGCACCCAUCAAGAUCUGCGGAGAUAUUCAUGGCCAAUAUUCAGAUCUUUUGAGGCUUUUUGAAUAUGGGGGUUUCCCUCCUAAGUCUAAUUAUUUAUUCCUUGGGGACUAUGUUGACCGUGGCAAGCAGAGUUUGGAAACAAUAUGCCUUUUGCUUGCAUAUAAAAUCAAAUACCCUGAGAAUUUCUUUCUUUUAAGAGGAAAUCAUGAAUGUGCCUCUAUCAACCGGAUUUAUGGAUUUUAUGAUGAAUGCAAACGCCGAUUCAAUGUCAGAUUAUGGAAAGUAUUUACUGAUUGUUUCAACUGCCUUCCUGUAGCUGCUCUCAUCGAUGACAAGAUAUUGUGCAUGCAUGGUGGCCUCUCCCCUGAUUUAACAAAUUUGGAUCAAAUUAGGAAGUUGCCCCGUCCAACUGAUGUUCCAGAUUCUGGUUUACUUUGUGAUUUACUUUGGUCAGAUCCUGGACAAGAUGUCAAGGGCUGGGGAAUGAAUGACCGGGGAGUCUCAUACACUUUUGGGCCAGAUGCUGUUUCAGAUUUUUUGAUGAAACAUGAUAUGGACCUCGUCUGUCGUGCACAUCAGGUUGUGGAGGAUGGGUAUGAGUUCUUUGCUGAUAGACGGCUUGUCACAAUAUUUUCUGCUCCCAAUUACUGCGGUGAAUUUGACAAUGCUGGUGCAAUGAUGAGUGUUGAUGAAAGCUUAAUGUGCUCUUUCCAAAUCCUUAAGCCUACAGAUAGAAAGCCAAGAUUCUCAUGAAAAAAAUAUGGUGAUUGCUGUUCAAAUCACCGCUUAGAAUUGCUAAUCCUAUUUGUGAGUUGAGGAAAAACAGUUGAAGAUAAGCCUGGUUUAUAGCUCCUUCAGAAUUGGAAGUUGCAGAUUGUUAACCUUUCUUUCUGGGUUGAAGGGAUGGGUUAUUUGUCAAAAUUCUUGUGUCAAAGGAGGAGCUCUCCAACUUCAAAGUGAGCUACCUACUUCAUACGACAACAUCGAUUGGCAGGGUAUUCAUUUUUUUCCUAUUAAGUUUUCAAGGACCGUGUAUAUUCAUAAUGUUUUGUAAAUUACUGCAUUUCGUAGAAUGUAAGACCCAAUUGGAGGAUUAUCUUCUUCAAUACAAGUUUUCUCUCUGCCGCUUUAAUUAACUUUGGCUGUAAACUAUUGGCAUGUAUUGUUAUCUCUAUUGCUGCUUGCACUGGAUUGUGACUUGUUGAACAUUUCAUUUCAUGCAUAUGAAAUUUAUGACAUUGAUUAGCCACUUGAUCA